AUGCAAAGCCUUCGCCCAGUGAAUCGGUUGCUAAAAACAUUUACUAUCAGGGACAGCACUCGCCAUUUCUCUAACUCCCUAUUGCGGAAUGUUACAAUAAAUUCCAGCUCCCAACUUCACUCGAUCCGCUGGAGGAAAUCAGUCCCAAAAAAUGCAUCUAUCAUCUCACGUAAUGCCUCAUCAGAUACCAAAACUUUAGCCAAAACUCCACUCUACGAUCUCCAUGUUAGCCACGGUGGUAAAAUGGUUGGAUUCGGAGGCUACCAUAUGCCUGUUCAAUAUUCAUCCUUAUCUGUAUCCGAGUCGCAUCACUUUACCCGUACGCACGCCUCACUUUUUGAUGUUUCACAUAUGGUUCAGCAUAUUUUUAGUGGUCCUGGAGCCACCUCAUUCUUGGAGCGCAUCACUCCAUCAGAUAUUACAGGGCUAGAUGUCUCAAGAGGUGGACUGAGUACCCUAUUAAAGCCUAAAACAGGAGGAAUUAUUGAUGAUACAAUUAUUUCAAAGCUAGAUGUGGAUAACUUUUACAUGGUGACCAACGCUGGCUGUAGAGAAAAGGAUCUCAUUUAUCUCCGCGAAGAGCUAGAUGCUUUCGCGAAAGAAGGUGAGCGAGAGGUUAACUGGAAUGUUAUGGAAGGUUACGGAUUAAUUGCCUUGCAGGGACCUCUAAGCCAAGAUAUUUUAUCGAGUGUUCUUGACCCAGCGAAGGCAGUCAACCUCGUUGAUAUGCACUUUGGGCAGUGCAAACACAUGCAGAUUCACCUUUUAAAUGGCUCCACUAGCUCUCCACUUAUAGUUACUAGAGGUGGGUACACUGGCGAAGAUGGGUUCGAAAUCUCAAUUCCACCCAAAGACGUUGUGGAAGUAACAAAUACUCUCCUUCUUAGGAGUACUCCAGAAAAGUUACAACUUGCGGGUCUAGCUGCAAGAGAUAGCUUAAGAUUAGAAGCUGGAAUGUGCCUCUAUGGCCAUGACCUAGAUGAAAACACCACACCUGUUGAGGCUGGGUUGAGCUGGACCAUCGGAAAAUCUCGAAGAUCAAGUGGUGGUUUUCAUGGCUCAGAGGUUAUCCUUCCUCAACUCAUCCCAAGAAGUAAAGGAGGCGUGGGAGUCCAAAGGCGUCGAAUCGGGUUAAUUAUCGAGGGAGUGCCAGCUCGAGAAGGAGCCGAAAUCGUCAAUGCAAACGGAGAUAAGAUUGGCCAAAUCACAAGUGGGUGCCCUAGUCCUAGCCUGGGCAAGAACAUCGCUAUGGGCUAUAUAAAAGACAAAUUUCAUAAACCUGGAACAGACGUUGAUGUUAUCGUGAGGGGUAAGAAGCGUAAAGCUCAGGUGACUAAGAUGCCAUUUGUUGCUACCAACUACUGGAAAGGGAAAGCAUGA